GCGUUUCCGGUUUUCUGUCUCGCCACUUCGAACCGUUGCAGAGGGCAGAAAGCAAUCUCUCUUCUCUCUGGAAGAGAUGGUAAGAGCGUACACUCAGGAGCACGUAUACAGGCAUCCAUGGGAGAGGGUAACAUCCGCAUCCUGGCGCAAGUUUACCGACCCCGAGAACAAGCGCACGUUAUCCCACAUCCUUGAGGUCGACACCCUGAAUCGGAAGCUCGACCCUCUCACCGGCAAGCUCUACACCACUCGCGCCAUCACCAUCCACGCCCCCGGUCCCUGGUUCAUCCGCAAGAUUAUCGGCCAGGACAUCUGCCACUGCGUCGAAUCCUCGGUCGUCGACUCCCGAUCCCGCUCCAUGCAGCUCACCACCCGCAACGUCAGCCUCCAGAAGUUCAUAGAAGUCGAGGAGAAGAGCUGGUAUGAACCACACCCGGAUAAUCCCGAGGGUUGGACGGCUUUCCGGCAAGAAACCAGCAUCCGGAUCAAGCCCUUGUCCGCGUUGGCAUCGAUGGCCGAGAAGGUGGAGCAGCGUUGCGCCGAGAAGUUCCUGCAGAACAGUGUUAAGGGGAGAGAGGUCAUGGAGAGGAUCUGUAAGUAUCUUGAAGCUGAAUCUAGUGGGAUUUCCAUCUAAUUCUGAGAUUUCUUAUUUCUAAUUGGGUUAUUUAAGGAGAGGGUCUCUGGCCUUGACUUUGAUUUUCCAAUUCUUAAUCUGAUCUCAUAGUCCCCGAACAAUGGCGGAAAAUAUUAGAAAACAAAGAAAAAAAAACACACAAAGUGUUGUGAAGUUUGGACGAUAGGAUCUAAUGAUCUUCCCCCUUCACUUUGUUGCAAUUUUGAUGUAAUAAAUCGUGCCUUCAUUGUACAUUAACCGACUAAUCUAACCACUCUUUUUCUUUUUAA